AUGAACUCAUCCCCCGUGCCCUUGAAUCCCGAGCAGAGGAAGCUCUACGACACCGUGGUGGGUCAGUAUGCGCAGGAGCUGGCGGGCGAGGCGCCUCUCCCCUCGCAGCUCCUCUUGAACGUCGACGGUGUCGCCGGCUCGGGAAAGACCUUUACACUUCUCAAGACGUGUGCCCGGAUCCAAGAGCUGGCGAACCAGGCCGGGAAGCAGAACCCCGUCUUUCGAGCGGCGCCCACGGGGGUGGCCGCGUUCAAUUUCGUGGGGAAGACCUUGCAUAGCCUCUUGAAGCUCCCCGUGAAGGGGAAGAAGUCGGAUCUGUCCGUCGCCACCCUCCAGUCCUUACAGUCUCUCUUCCGGGACUGUCGAUUCCUCAUCAUCGACGAGAAGUCCAUGAUAGAUAUCAAGACGCUGUCUCUGACCGAUGACCGCUUCGCGCCAUCCUCCCGGCCAGUUCGCACCAGCCGUUCGGGGGCGUCAACGUCUUACUCUGCGGCGACUUCUUUCAGCUCCCGCCCGUCGGAGGGAAACCCCUCUACUCGUUGA